AUGGCUUUGUGCCUUGACCUUGUGCCCGCUCAAACACCCACCUGGGAUGUUGAUGGGCAGAACAAGGCCUGCCGUCACACUAAAACCUGGGUCGUCUAUGAGGGCUACUUCGGGAAGCAUUACUGCACCGAAACUCUGGAAGACUGUAAGGCACACUGUGAGAACACUGCAGGGUGCAAGGGUGUGGAAUUCUCAGCCGAAUGGUCUUGGGCGGGCUUGGGCACUGGCGGCCGGUGUGAAGUAUGGUUUGUUGACAUCAACGUCACCUGGCCUGACUACACGAAACACCAGGUGACUUGCCUUCGCUACCACAACAACCCUUUGCAAGUGAAGAAGUUGAGCUUCAGUGAGGGCCUAACAGGUGCCUGUCGUGGUGCCUCGAGUACCGACACCUCCGUUUGCUACUACUCCGUGCACAGCACUCAACCUUGGCAAACAGCAUGGUACUCUCGGCCAAAGCUCACCCUGGAAGACUGCAAGAAGCGUUGCAGCUCCCAGGCAAACUGCACGGGCAUCGAGUUCGAGGAGGAGACGGGCUACUGCGAGGCAUGGAAGGUCCCCAUCACGGCCACCUCUGACGUCCCAGGCUACCGGUGCUACCGGGUGGAGGGGACCGGAACUGAGGCCACCGAGCCCGCGGUGGUGUAUCCAUAA